AAACCCAAGAAGUUCCGGAAUUUUCGCUGCCACGACUGCGGCAAAGCCCUGGCGCCGCCGAAACGCCGGCGAGGGACGGAACGACCCCAUAAAUGCCCGGAAUGCGGGAAAAGUUUCCGGCUGAGCUCCAGCCUGGUGACCCACCAGCGCCGGCAUUCCGGGGAAAAUCCCUACAAGUGCCCGGAUUGCGGGAAAUCCUUCAGCGUGGGCUCGGCGUUCAUCCAGCACCAACGGAUCCACGGCGGCGCGGCGCCGUGUCGCUGCGGGGUCUGCGGGAAGAGUUUCCCGGCGAGUUCGGGCUUGGUGAAGCACCAGAAGGUUCAUUUGGAGGAGAAACCCUACAAGUGCGGGGAUUGCGGGAAGGGCUUUAAUUGGAAUUCCCACUUGGAGCGGCACCGGAGGAUUCACACCGGGGAGAAACCCUACGCGUGCCCGGAAUGCGGGAAGAGCUUCUCCUGGAGCUCGCAUUUGGAUCGGCACCGCCGAACCCACGCGGCGGCGGCGGCGGCGGCGGCAACGGGCGGGAGAUGCGCCGAGUGCGGGGAAUGCGGGAAGGGAUUCCCGAAAAACGCCGGGAAUCCCCAAAUCCCGAAAAAACGCCGGGAAUCGGCGGAGAAGCCGCACAAAUGCGGGGAAUGCGGGAAGGGGUUCGGCGCGGCGGCGGCGUUGGCGCAGCACCGGCGCGGUCACGCUCCCGGGAAACCUUACGAGUGCCGGGAAUGCGGGAAAAGCUUUUCCUGGAGUUCCCACUUGGAUCGGCACCGCCGGAUCCACAUGGGGGAAAAACCGUUCCGCUGCGGGAAUUGCGGGAAGAGCUUUUCCCAAAGUUCCCACUUGGAGCGGCACCGGAAAAUCCACGGGGAGCCGUGCCGGGAAUGCGGGAAAAACGAGGGGAGGAAAAGCGGGAGAAGCUUCCAUCGGGGAACGCAGACCGGAGGGAAAACGUUGGCGUGCCCGGAGUGCGGGAAAAGCUUCGGGCAAAACUCGGCGCUGGCCAAACACCGGCGGCUCCACAGCGGAGAGAAACCCUACAAGUGCCCGGAAUGCGGGAAAAGCUUCGGAGUUCGGUCCAACCUCAUCAAGCACCAACGGACUCACCUGGGGGAGAAACCCUACAAGUGCCCGGAAUGUUCCAAAGGGUUCAUCCAAAAAUCCGACCUCACCAUCCACCGCCGGAUGCACACGGGGGAGAAACCCUACAAGUGCCAGGAGUGCGGGAAAUGUUUCAGCGUCUCCUCCAAUCUCAUCAAGCACCAGCGGAUCCAUCUGGGGGAAAAACCCUUCCAGUGCUCGGAGUGCGGGAAGAGCUUCAUCCAACGCUCCGAGCUCACCAUCCACCGCCGCGUCCACACCGGAGAGAAGCCCUACAAGUGUCCGGAGUGCGGGAAAUGCUUCAGCCGCAGCUCCCACCUCAACCGGCACCAGCGCACCCACGCCGGCGACAAGGCCGGACGCGCCAAAGCCGCCGCGGCUUCUUCGGCGGCGCCGGCGUCGUCGUCCUCGCGGGCGGUUCCGGCUCCGGCGGUUCCCGGGGGUUUGGCUUUCCCGGCGUUCCCGGGCUCCUCGGCCGUGCCGGCGGCGUUGGAGCUGCCCUGGGCGUUGGCGUUGCCGGGCCGGGCGUUCCCGGGUUUUCCGGCGGGUUCGGUGGGUAAUUAG